AUGGAGGCGCCUCAGACUCGCCGGGGAGACAUUCGCGCCGACCACUCUGGGCUCCCCGAGGAGGUGCUGCGAGCGCGCAUGCAGGUGCGAGGGCAGCUGCGCGGGGAGCUCGAGGACCAGUCUUUGAGGCAGCUGCGCAGCUGCGCCGAGAAGUUUGUGCUGAAGGAGGCGGGCGACGCGCUCCGGAGGCGGGGCGCCCUCGCGGCGGGUGACGUGGAGGACGCGGACCCCGCGCUGCCGGAGGGCGCGCAGGCCGCGGCCAUGGCCUCGCUCCUAAGGAUGCGGCAGCACCGCCACCUGAGCGACUCGUUGCGGCGCCAGUUCCAGGACGCGGUGCGCGCCGGCGCGGCGGUUGAGGGCGGGCUGGCGGAUGCGAGCGAUGCUCGCACCACGGCGCGCAGCGCAGUGCAGCCCCGCGCUGAGCCUGGCGCGCUGAAUCUGCCGAACGGGCGCCUGGUGCUCGGGCUCCCCCGCCGUCACGCCUUCCAGUACCGGCGCCGCCAGGGCCAAGCGGGCCACCAGCGGGCCAAGCAGGCCGCGAUAUUCCGCUGCGUGCCGCGCGCGCUCGCCGUCGAGCUGCAACUCGAGCGUCUGCACCUGGCCUUCAGCGCCACGACGCGGCUCAGGGCGGCCGCCUGGCGGCGCUCUGGCUGA